AUGCAUCGUUAUUUCAAUAAAGUUUCUCCUGUUGCCGAGGUCUCAUCUUCGUCAGUGAAUGAACCUCCACUUCUCCAACCACAAGAGUUACCGAUUGAAGACAAAGAUAAAGUCGAUUUAGAGGAUGAACCCGCACUUCUCCAAUCUCAAGAGUUACCGAAUGAAGACAAUGAUAAACCUUGGUUGGAGUAUAGUGUUUCAAAGGAAGCUGCUUACUGCUUAUAUUGCUAUCUUUUCUCAAGACUCCACGGAAAUGGACAAGAUGCCUUUGUAUCAAAGGGAUUUACUACUUGGAACAAGAAAGAAAGGUUAAGAGAUCAUGUUGGAAAUCAUACAAGUGCUCAUAAUAGGUGUAGAUUAGCAUGUCAGGAUUUGAUGAAUCAAGCUCAACACAUUGAAGUCUCUAUAUCAAAGCAGUCAACACAAUCGAAGCUUGAUUAUCGCUGCAGAUUAAAUGCAACGGUUGUUUGCCUUCGUUAUCUUAUCAUGCAAGGAAUGCCUUCUCGCGGACACGAUGAGUCUGAAGGAUCCUUAAAUCAAGGUAACUUUCUUGAGCUUUUGAAAGUUAUUUCCUCUUGCAGCGAUGAGAUAUCUAGUGUUACAACAAAAGUCAUUGUACAAGAUAUGGGAAAUGAUUUUUUCUCCAUAUUAGUUGAUGAGUGUCGAGAUAUAUCUGUCAAAGAGCAAAUGAGUGUUGUGGUGCGAUAUGUGGACAAGAAUGGAUGUGUUAUGGAACGUUUUCUUGGUGUGGUGCAUGUUAGUGACACGGUUGCGACCUCACUGGAGAAGGCACUUGAUUCUUUGUUAUCUACUUAUGACUUAAGUGUAUCUAGUUUGAGAGGACAAGGAUAUGAUGGUGCUAUUGGAAGUUCUUGUAAGCGCAGAGAUAUACUUAGAGAAAAGCAGAGAGAGAAAAUUUUAGAGCGGAUUGCAAGUGAUGAAAUUUAUACCGGGAGAGGAUUGAAUCAAGAGAUGGCGUUAAAGCGGCCUGGAGAUACUCGUUGGAGUUCGCAUUAUGAUACUCUUAUCAACUUGAUGCAAUUGUUUUCUUCGAUUAAUGAUGUUCUUGUAUAUGUGGGAGAGAAUUCUCGUGAGUAUCCACAUAGGGCUGAAGCUAAUGAUGUGUCAGCAAUAAUUAAUCUCUUUGAGUUUGUCUUUGUGUUACAUCUUAUGAUGCAAAUCUUGGGAAUCACACAUGAACUAUCUCAAGUGCUACAAAAAAAGGAUCAAGACAUUGUCAAUGCAAUGAAUCUUGUCAAGGUAGCAAAAGCACGUUUGCAAAUGUUGAGGGAAGAAGGUUGGGAGGGUUUGCUUAAUGAAGUUUCUGAGUUCUGUAACAAAUAUGAGAUAAAUGUCCUUGACAUGGAAGAUGAGUUUGUGCCUCGAGGAAAAGCAAACCGUAGAGCUGAAAAAAGGAAGAAUCUCCACUAUUGUCGAGUUGAGAUAUUUUGUUCUGUGAUUGACAUGCAAGCUCAAGAGUUAAACCAUCGUUUUGGUGAAAUUAACACGGACUUACUUUCAUGUAUGGCAUGUUUUGAUCCUAGAGAUUCAUUUUCUGCGUUUGAUUUGGAGAAGCUGCUUCGUCUUGCUAGUUAUUAUCCAUCAGAAUUUUCUGGAGUUGCUUUGAAAGAGCUUGAAAAUCAACUUGAAAGCUUUAUUUUUGAUGUGCGGAUAGAUGAAAAUUUUUCACAAGUAUUUGGGAUUGGUGGUCUUGCUAAGAAGAUGGUUUCUACAAGAAAGCAUGAAAAUUUUCCAUUGGUUUAUUUGUUAGUCAAGUUGUCAUUGAUCUUGCCGGUUGCUACUGCCUCAGUGGAAAGAGCUUUUUCAGCAAUGAAGAUCAUCAAGAGUACUCUACGUAAUAGUAUGGGAGAUCAACUGUUACAUGAUUGCUUAGUUCCUUACAUUGAAAAGGAUGUCUUUGUUUAUGUUAGUAAUGAAACUAUUAUGCAGCGAUUUCAGAAGAUGAAAAAUAGAAGAGAAAUGUUAUGA